AUGCGCUUGAAGUUUGCGGGAUGUCUGCGCGUGAUUGUCUACGUGGUUCUCUUCUGGUGGCUCUUCCCAAAUUUCACUGCGCUUCGUGUGUCUCACUGGCCUUGGGAGCUGACGUUGCGAUAUGGAGGCGGUUUCUUGAUGGUCCUGGCAGCUCGCUUUGCAGGAGGAGGGCGCAUGGGUCUGCAAAAAGAGCUUCUGGGUGUGUGGGCUGAUGCCUUGUCCAUCGUUCGAACUGCAGGGGUCGUAUACGACCAGCCUUGGAGGCGUUCUUUUGAACAGAUUGUCAUCAGGAUUCGUUUGAUGAGACACUAUGCCACCUACGGGCCGUUCGGCAUCGUCACAUUUGGCAUGCUUUACAAUCCGCUUGUCGUUGGCGCUGACCUUUGGAGCUUUUUCGCUGGGCGGAGAGAUGAUUUCCAGCCACCGCUCACUUCGGCAGAGUUGCUGACCGUUCUUGUGCACGAGGUCGUCCUUUGCAUGCUCGUGUUUUCCAUAGGAUUGGGACAGAUGGCAUUUACGAAUAGCGUGGUUCAUCGAUACUUUUCUCACAAUUGCUUUCGGACAUCCCGCCUGUGGAACUUUGUGCUGGGAAGUUUUGUUUGCACAAGUGGAAUGACGCCAAUCACCUGGGCCGCCGUUCACCGACGUCAUCAUCGAUUCUGCGACCAGGAGGGUGAUCCGCAUUCGCCAUACCAGAAAGGCUUCCUUUAUGCGGCUAUGUACUGGCUUGCAGACAGAGAGAACUUCGAGAUCCGAUCUGCAUUUGUAACGGAUUGGUUGGCCACGGCUCCUGAGUUGCUAUUUCUCGAGCUGUACGGUGAUCGUGCAGGAGGCCUCCUGAAUAAGGGCAUGUUGAACGUCCUGUUUGCUGGUCUCAGUCCCAUAUGGUUGUCCGCAUCUCCUGUGGGCAGCCAUCCCUUCGCAUUGGCAUACACCUUGGGGCGCAUGGUGGGCGUUAAUCUGGUAUAUGCAUUCAAUGGCAUUGGACAUGGAAUGCAAGCCCCCGAGCCCAGAAGCGACAUCAAAGAUGGGUCGUCUCCAUGCAGGGCCAUUCGGCUAUCCUGGUAUUGGUGGAUCGUAGGAAGUGAAAUCUACCAUGACGAGCAUCAUGAUUGUCCAGCUUACGCUGUCUACGGACCAUGGUACCAGGACUGUUCUUAUUGCAUAUAUGCUGCCAUGGCGAAGUGUGGCCUAGUGUGGGCAGUGAAAACCCCAUGGUCACACCACAUUGCAUAG